GAGUAAGGUGCGCGAGGAACCCAACUACCGGGUGACUAGUUUGUGUGCGACUGUGGCUCGCAAGUAUUGUGUGCCGCGCCCCUACCUCUCAUCUAACUGUGCGGCAGCUGUGUGACGCAAUCCUGUGGCCUCACGUGGCAGAACGCAAAGGAUAUCGCGGAGGGCGUCACUAGGAGAGAUAAAACAGCUAGGGGACUACUACUGUUUCCGCCGAUCACGUACACACACACACACACACACACACACUCACACACACACACACACACACACACAUCACCUGCUAAUAGCACACCCAGGUACGCAUUCUGAACAUUCUCCCUGCCAUCUGAAGGAGCCACUACCACCAUCAUCGCUAUCUCUGCUGGCGUCGCUCACGCAGGUGGUCUGAGCAUCGUGACUCGUGAAGCGACACGAGGGAAGUGUUUGCGUAGGGGAUCCAGUCGCGUCACCGGCUGCCAGAAGGGAACCGAGGAGUGAUGGACGUGUGAUCUGGUUCUCUGUUGUUUCGUGGACGGUGACGAAGACCUUCCACUGCCCGCCCCUCGCUCACAAUGGUUCUGGUGGAGCUGCUGUCGAGCCUGAGUGGUCUGGUGAAGGUGAGGAGUCAGGCGGACAUCGACAACGCCGUCUUCAAGCUGCACUACCGCGUCACCUCCACCAUGCUCUUCUGCUUCUGCCUUCUGGUCACCGCCAACAGCCUCAUUGGAGACCCCAUCAACUGCGUGCAGGGUGACCACGCUAUGCUGAAGCCCAAAGUGGUGAACACGUACUGCUGGAUCCACACUACCUUCACUCUGCCCAAGUACAUCAACAGACAGUAUGGCAAAGGUACUGGUGUGGUGUACCCUGGGAUAGGCCCUCACACCACGGAGGACGACAAGGUGCACCAUGCUUACUACCAGUGGGUGCCUUUCGUUCUCUUCCUGCAGGCCCUCAUGUUCUACGCGCCUCACUGGCUGUGGAAGACGUGGGAGGGCGGCAAGCUGGAGUCGAUCGUGAUGGGUCUGUCGCUGCCCGUCAUGAACAAGGACGAGCGGCGAGAGAAGAUCCACCUGUUGGCCGAGUACCUGCACGCCUCCAUGCACUGCCACAACUUCUACGCCAUUAAGUUCUUCCUGUGUGAGCUUCUGAACCUCGGCAACUCGGUGUUCAACAUGUGGUUUAUGAACAAGUUUUUAGGGGGCAUGUUCUUCACGUAUGGUAUCGAUGUGCUGGCGUUCACAGAGACCAACCAAGAAGAGCGCACGGAUCCAAUGAUUGUGCUGUUCCCGCGGAUUACCAAGUGCAGCUUCAACAUGUACGGUCCCUCGGGCACCAUCGAGACGCAUGACCUUAUGUGUGUGCUGGCUCUUAAUAUCAUCAACGAGAAGGUGUACGUGUUCCUGUGGUUCUGGUUCCUCAUCCUGGCAGGCAUCAGCACCCUUGCCCUCGCGUACCGCCUGCUAGUGUUCUGCAUCCCCGCCAUCCGGUCAGGGCUGCUGCAAAAGCGCGCCAGGAUCAGGUACAAACCGGGCCUGGAAGCCAUCGCCACCAAGCUGCAAGUGGGGGACUUCUUCCUGCUGUACCUGCUCAGUAAGAACGUGGAGCUGCUCUCGUUCGGCUCCCUGAUGGAAGAGCUCUCAUCCCGCCUGGUGAAGAGGAACAUCCACCCAGACCUGGAGAUGACGCCCCGCCCCGUGCCCAGCGUGGAGGCCUAUCACCUUAUCAACGAAAAUGCGUGACGCUGUCCCCCGCCGCCACGCCCGCGCCCCGCAGCAUCUCCUCCAUCGCCCCUGGACGAUGUGUACAAAGCCCACAACUCUGUACUAUAUCACCUUAGUGUGUAAGGAACGUAAGCUAGCAAGACGGCAGGUGAGCGAGGCAGUGCAGUGCUUGUCGCCCCUCGUAACACAGGUCGCCUCGUCCCCGCUGGCGCAGUGGUAGCGGCCUUACCUGACACUUACACCGCCACGGGUUCGAGUCUUGUUCGUUCCCUUCACCUGGCACGGGAUGGACGAGUUUUCCAAGAGGCUUCACGAUCCCACGAGGCUUCACGAUCCCACGAGGCUUCACGGAUCACGUGAUUUGUUUUCUACUCAAGGCCUGGUGGUGUGUGUACCUGACCUUCUUUUUCUUCUUCUUCUUCUUCUUCCUCAU